UCGAGAUGGGGACAUACAAUACACAGAUGGGUCUAGCUUUACAUGACUUAACGCGUGAAGGAUUAUAUAUUUGUAUUUUCUUUCAAGAAUAAAAGGAUAUUUCACUUCUGCGUCACGCAUUAACGGAUUUAAAAUGAACGGCAUUUAUUCCCGAAUCAGUCAUUUUGGAGACGCGCUGCAGCAAGAAUUGAAAACUGUUUUUUCCCUGAAACGGCUUGAUUUUGAAGUGUACAAGACUGUGGUUUGGACUUCGUGAAGAACUGAAAAGCAAGAGAGCGCCUUAUCGGAACAGGAGUUUAAACAGGGAAAGCUGAAAAUUAUUUAAAAAGCUAAAUCGUUUUCAAAUCAUGUCAUCUUCCGUCGCCAAAGAAUCUUUAUUUGAAACGGCCCCCUUACACCAGUUCUGACCUGCAGAGCCCCAUGAUGUUAGCUGUGCAUCAGUUUAACACGUCGGGGGCUGGCCAGGACGCCGCCAACUCCCGAAACCACACCUGGAUGCUCGGGGACAACAUGAGUGUGGUCGACGAGAGAGUCUUUGCUUAUAAACCUACAGAUCCGACGGCCGCCGGGCUGUCCAUGACUCUGGGCAUCCUGUCCAACAUCAUUGCCUUGUUCAUCCUGGCCAAAGCCUACGCCCGCAUGCGGCGGCGCUCCAAAGCCACCUUCCUCCUCUUCGCCAGCUCGCUGGUGGCCACCGACUUCGCCGGCCACAUCAUCCCGGGGGCUCUCGUGCUGCGGCUGUACCUAGUGCCAGAUUCCUACGCCUCCUCCGACGCUCUGUGCCAGUUCCUGGGAGGGUGCAUGGUGUUUUUUGGCUUGUGUCCGCUCUUCCUGGGCUGUGCCAUGGCGGCCGAGCGCUGCCUGGGCGUCACCCGGCCCUUGCUCCACUCGGCCCUGGUGACGUCCACCCGGACAAAGCUGUCGCUGGCCGUCAUCUGGCUCUUCGCCCUCUGCGUGGCCCUGCUGCCCUGCUUCCAGCUGGGUGCCUAUGGCAUGCAGUAUCCCGGCACCUGGUGCUUCAUCAAGGUGGACAGUGACACCACCGCCUCAGAUGUCAUCUUCGUGCUGCUCUUCUCUGGCCUCGGCCUGACCUCCCUGGGGGUGUCCAUGGUCUGCAACACCACCAGCGGCCUCACCCUGGUCCUGGCGCGUCUCCGCAAGAGGACCUACAACCGCCGGGCCAAGUCCCAUGACAUUGAGAUGGUGGUGCAGCUGGUGGGCAUCAUGGUCACUUCCUGCAUCUGCUGGAGCCCCCUGCUGAUCUUCGGCAUGAUUUCCGUGACCAAAUCUUACAGCAACUGCGAGGUGGACCUCCAGUACUACAAGCAGCUGAUGGUUCUGGGGGUCCGGCUGGCUUCCUGGAACCAGAUCUUGGAUCCCUGGGUGUACAUUCUGCUGCGGAGAGCUGUGCUGCGGAAGAUCUACACCAUCGCCAAGGGGCAGAGCAACCUGAAAGGGAGCACGUUUCGGCGAUGGGAGAUCAGCUCCCUCCAGGGUUCGGAGAAGAUGGCCGUGAACCGGGUGUGAGGACACUAGCCUGGACAGAGGAGCCCAUUCAAGGUCUGGAGGACAACCAAGGUGGUGGGGAGGGGACAUUUGUUCAUUAAUCAGUGUUCCCACCACUCCCCCAGAAGGGGAGUGGGCUGGUGUCUUCCGUCCGUGGAGGAGAUCGGGGGUCUUGGCGAGUUCCCACGAAACAGCCGUGCCUCCCGAUUCAGUGCAUUGACAGAGGGCACUCAGCCUGGGGACAGGAAACGCAUUGAUGGGCAAGAGGACUAAACAUCACAGUCUGAAUCCCUAAGAAUCCCUAAAGAAGGGGAACGGGGGCAGAGAACGUUGGGGGUCCCGGGAAGGAAAAGCUGGUGUACUGUAUACAGUUUUAAGGGGCAGGGGUUGCAACAUGGGGAAGACCUCCCUACGACUGCCUGCUCAGUCACAGGGGAAGUGCUGAUGGGCAGAGAAGAGGUCCUGUUUCCCACGCGGGCUGCUCUGCACUGUGCCCUCAGCAGCAGCAGGGAAGUGAACAGGAAAGCAGUGUGGGUUCGCAUUUCAGGCACCAUAGAAGAGGGGAAAGCUUGUCAUCCACUGAUCCCAUGGGACUGCUCAGGGAAGUCACAGCAGUAGAAUAAAGGUCUUGGUAGGUUCAGAUAUACAAGGAAUACAUCAGUGGAUCACUGCAAAACAGAGCAUAUUUAGGUUGAACCAGAGCAAUGUUCUUCAUUAAAUCUCAAGCUGGAGCGUGGAGCUCUACAACCGAUUUGCCUUAGUGAUGUAGAACGUUAAGGUAGACGCUACGAUCGCGAUACUAGAUGUGGGUUCUGUUCUCUUGGGAACAGGAUUGGGACAUGUAGAAAACCAUCCCCUUUUCCUUACAACUUCCCUGCUCAAUGCAGGGUGGGAAAAUGACGGAUUUUUCACAAAUGAUUGAUUUCCACAUGGCUUAGGAUUUCCAUGCUGAUGAAUAUAGAAAAUUCAUGUGGAAACAUUUGAUCUGUUCCUUGUUCUGAACUUUCAACAGAAAAGCAUGCUGCAUUCUUACACUCAGUCCCUCCUUAGUUGGAGCAGGGGUAGGCAAAGGCCGGGUCCAGAGAGGCACAGGUGCAUGGGCCAGGGUAGCCGAGUGGUCUAAAGAACUCUGUUGGAAUGGUCUGCCGGAAAUGGAGAAUCGAAUGUCAUUCUUUGCAUUCUAACAGCUCAGUAUCUCUUCCGCCCACUCCUUUCCGAAAUAAAAGAAGCGAUGCAGGAGACUGGAACCAGCAGCCCAGCCAUGCAGUCGAAGCUUAACUGCAAGGGCGUUAAACAGACUCAGCUAAACAAGCCACUUCCUGCUUGGGUGUGCCGGAAUAUCCAGAAGCUAACAUAGUCCUCAAAAACUAAACCUAUUCAGAUGGGAUUUAGCACUUUACAUAUCAGUGUGAAGGGAGUAAAAGAAGGUUACAGUCAAGAAGCUGUUGGAAGUGUGUAGGUGUGUGUAUGGAGAAGAGGUUGGUAUUGCUGGGGUUUCUGUAUUGGAGAUCAGUAGUCGGUUUGAGAUGCAGUGUAUCUGUAGUCUUUUUCAGGCUUUUCUCUGUCGCUCUGGAAUGCAACUGCAAAGCAAAUAAGUGCCGUUCCAGCAUUUGGAUGUUUUUUAUAAACAUCUUUAAUCCUAUGUGAUUCCACAAGGAAUCUCUAAACAUUAUUAACAGCUGCCCUCUUUGCACUUUCACCCCCCCAAGACCAGACUCAAACUGCUGGGCGUUUUCUUGAAGGACGCUCUGAGGCUAGGACUCAAAUGCACAGAGUGCUACAAAACUGUAAAAGGCUGGUUUUGCUGAACUGCAGGUGAAUAUUGCUACACCAAGCAAUGUCAUGCUCUUUACCAGUGUUUGUUUGUAUAUGUGAGAUCAAAAGCCUUCGUUGUAUAAAUACUGUGUAUGUGUAUUUAUUAUCUAAGUCGGUUUCCCAAUUGUCUGGGAGAAGUGCAAGCUAAGGUUUGUAAAGCUACUGAAUGUACUGUAAAUAAAUAAACUAUCACUGA